AUGGUUCGCAAGGAACAGGCGAGGAGAGUACACGAGAAGGGUGGAUCUACUGGUGGAGCACGGACGCGACGGAGGAGAGCAGGGCUAGGGUUCGUGCGGGUGGCCGCGUCAAACACCGCUCGCGGGCGGCCGUGGAUGUUUGGGCGUGGAUGUGUGCAGCAGGGAGGGGAGAGCGUCGCGGCGGAGGGAGAGGAUAGCCUCGCGGCGGCGGAGGGAAGGAACGGGGGGAGAGGAGAGCGUCGCGGCGGCGGAGGGAAGGAACGCGAGAGAGGAGAGCGUCGCGGCGGGCGGUGUGCGCGGCGGGUGGGCGAAUGCGGAAGGGUUAGGGUUUCACGCGGCGCCCGAGUAAAGAACGACCGCGCCCUGGAAUUGGGCUGCUAG